CGGGCGCAGGCCUCCCAGCCGCCCCCCUCCUUCUCCGAGCCACCGCCCCCCUCCCUGGAGCCCCCGCCGGCCACCGCCUCCCAGCCCUACCUGCCGCCUCCUGCCCAGGGCUACAUGGCGCACCCCCAGCCCUACCUGCUCUCCUCCCAGGCCUCCCCUUCCCAGCCGGCGCAGCCCGGCCUGGCGCCCUCCAUCCCUCCCCCGGCCAAGCCAUCGCAGGCCCAUUUCCCCCCGCCCCAGCCGUCCUUGCCCCUGCCCGCCGCUGCCCAGCCGGAGGCCGCGCAGGGUGCCAGCAAGGAGGCCGGUGGCACCGAGCAGCCGGACCCCUCCACCAUGACUCCCCAGGAACAGCAGCAAUACUGGUACCAGCAGCACCUGCUUAGCCUCCAGCAAAGGGCAAAAGCCCAUGCUCAGGGACAGCAGCAAAUGAAAGGUCCAGUAGUGAAGGAUGCAGCUGAGCAGAGAGCAAAGUCUGAAGAAGGGAAAAUGAGUGUUUCAACUCAGCAAUCUGAACCUCCUCCACUUAAUGAAUCCCUGCCUCCAGCUUCCAAAGAAGAUGAGUCUUCUCUUCCAUCCACUGAAACUCAGCUCAAUAUUGAACCACCUGAUGACCCCGAGGAAGAUUUGAGAUUGCAGCAGUUGCAAGCAGCAGCAGCUCAAUGGCAGCAGCAUCCCCAUCACCGGGUUGGAUUUCAAUAUCAGAGAAUAAUGCAGAAGCAUGCCCAGCUGCAGCAGAUAGUACAGCAGUAUCAACAGAUCAUGCAACAGCCGCCACACUUACAGACAAUGUCAGUGGACAUGCAGCUGCGACAUUAUGAGGCACAGCAAAAACAGUUCCAGCAGCUUCAUAAGGAUUGGGAGCGAUCAAUGAACCAACAGUGGCAGCAUCAGCUUCAAACCUACCCUCACAAAGACCAGCUUCAAGAGUAUGAGAAACAGUGGAAAGCAUGGGAUGAACAGAUGAAGGUUACUCAGUCCCAUCUGCAGGAGAAAGUGAGCUCACUUCAAAAUCUGAAGAAUCAGUACCCUGCAAAUGUUUCGCUGCCACCUCCAUUUGUUCCAUAUUCUCAAACCACUCAAGGUGGCAUUCCUGUUAUGCCUCCAACUUUACCUUCAACUACGCCUCCACUGGUCCCCCCACCUCUGUCUUCUGUUUCUCAGUUAUCUAAUUCCUCUGUCCCUUCAGGAUCCAGUUCUCAAAGCAGUCAAUCUACUGAGACACCAAGGCCAGCUCUGCUUCCCACCCCUGGUACCUAUGCAUCAAAAAUAGCUAGUUCAACUGUCUAUUCACCUUAUCAUUCUCAAGUAAGUUCAUCCUUUGGCUCUUCAGACCAUGGAAAGUCUCAAGGUCAUCUUAGUAAACAAACUGUCCCUAUUUCAUCUGAGCAAGGAUGUGGGGAACUGAAAGCCACUUCUGCAGUGUCUUCAACUCAUGCACCUACCAUGCAGGAUAAACCAGUGAGGUCAGGUGGAUUGCUUCCCGAUCCUCCCAGAUCAGCACGUUUUGAAGGCCCCAGAGGCCCUAGAUUUGAUGGACCUCGAGGAAGAGGAUAUGACAAAUUUGAAGGCUCGAGACAGAGAGGGCCUCGUUUUGACUCCCAGCGCUCAGAAGGAUACAGGUCACGUUUUGACCGACAGAAUACAGAUGGACAGUCUUCAAGUAGAUGGGGGACUAUCCCACGAGGACCAGCAGCACAAUUUUAUACUUCGACAAAUGCAUCACAUGGACAUGGUUCCCGACCUGGUGGUCCACGGUGGAGGGGGCCCAGGCCUCAUUUGGGACAGCAGCAGUCACAGACAGAUUCACAGUCAGAAAACAAAGAACCUUUUACAGACAUAGCUGGCAAUCAGCAGACUGUAAGCAGAACACAGUCUACUCCUGAUGCACAGAGUGCAGGUCCUGUUGAGCCAAAUGAGGACCUGACAAACACUCCACAGGAACCAUCGAAACCUGAAGUCAAAGAAACUAUUUCAGAUCCUCCCAAAAAGUGGACGUGGAGUUCACAUGAUCCUAACCAGCAAGUAGAAGAGUCCAAAGCCCCUACUCCGCCUAUUCAGAACCAGAAAUCAACAUGCCUUUCUAGUAACCCUGUAGCUUUGCAGUCAGGUAUUGCAAGAACAGGUGGUACAGUAACCCCUGUAACAGGAAAUCAGGAUUUGGAUUCACCAGAUAGCCAGUUGAUUGCUUCAGAUAGCACCCAGGGCCUACCUGGACCAGAAAGCAGAGGGAAAGGGUCAUUUAUGCAUGAAGAUAGAGGCAAGGGACCAGUAAGCAGAGGAAGGGGCCAGGGCAGACUGGAUGAUGGCCGUGGCAGAGGGCAGGGGGAUGGCCGUGGCUGGGGAAUGGGCCGUGGCCGAGGGAUGGGGAGGAUGGAUGGUGGCCGAGGGAUGGGGAGGAUGGAUGGUGGUCGGGGUAUGGGAAGGAUGGAUGGUGGUUGGGGAAUGGGCAGGAUGGACGAUGGCCAUGGCCGGGGAAUGGGCAGGAUGGAUGAUGGCCGUGGCAGAGGAUAUGUAUACAGAGGUAGAGGGCAGGCUAGGCAGGCAUCCAUCCGCGGCAGGGGUAUGUUCAGGAGAGCAGGCAGCCGGGAGAGGAUGCCAGAUAGGCGGUCAGGCAGCCGGGAGAGGAUGCCAGAUGGACGGUCUGGCAGCCGAGAGAGGGGACUGGGUGGACGGUCAGAUAGCCACGAGAGGGUAUUCUCUAGCCGAGACAGAGAGCUAGCUGGGCGGACAGGCAGCCGGGACAGGGGACGGGCAGGGAGCCGGGAGAGAGGCCCAGUGAGGCGGGCGGGUAGCCGGGAGAGGGAGCCCAUGCGGCGGGCGGGUAGCCGGGAGAGGGAACCCAUGCGGCGAGCAGGUAGCCGGGAGAGGGUCCCCAUCAGGCGGGCAGGUAGCCGGGAGAGGGUCCCCGUCAGGCAGGCAGGUAGCCGCGAGAGGGGUCCAGUCAGGCGGGCAGGUAGCCGCGAGAGGGGUCCCAUCAGGAGGGCAGGUAGCCGGGAGAGGGAAGCAGGAAGAUCUGAAACAGGCAAUAUAGAUAAACCCAUUCACCUAGGAGAUGAUACUGACAAAUUGGCUCCAUACCAUCGAGAUGAGACACUCAGGGGUUCUUGGGGUCAUGAAGAUGAUAGAAUGCAGGAGGAAUUUCCUUUAGAUAGUCAAGAUGACCCUUCUUUGGAGCAUGAGCGAUUGGAUGACUGGGAAAGAGAACGAUACUGGAGAGAUCACAACUCUGAUUAUCAGGAUGAUUCUGUAGAUGCUUAUGACAGAGAUGACAGGUUGCAACCCCACCAUUCAUUGCCUCCAUUAUCUCCCUUGCCACCACUACCUCCUUUAUCAUCUGAUCACGACAGACGAGAUUCGUGGUGGGAUGACUGGAAAAGACCAAGAGAGAGGGAACUCGAGAGAGAUCUAGAUAGGACUGGAAGAUCCUCAGAUAUUUAUGAUCAAGAUUUAGACAGAGAAUGGGAUAGAGACUGGGACAUGAGACCUAUGGAUGACAGAGAAAUGGGGAAUCGUGACCUGGAUAUCCCCCCUCUACCACCAUUACCACCUCUUCCACCUCUGGACAGAUACCGUGAAGAUAGGUGGAGGGAGGACAGGAACAGAGAUCAUUAUGACAGAGACCUCCGAGACAGGGGGGAGCUGAGGAUUCGAGAGUAUCCAGAGAGAUAUGACACAUGGCGGGAGAAGCAAGACUACCUUCCUGAAAGGACUGACUGGGAGAGGGAACGGUUGUCAGAUAGGUGGUAUCCAGAUGAUGGAGACAGACUGCGGUCUUUAGAUGAUCAUUCAGAUUCAUCCCUUCCUCCACCUUCACAUUCCUCUGAUAUGCUGGGAGCGGAUUCAAACCUGGACUCUGACCAGUCCUUGGGAGGAGUGAUGGUCCUUAGCCAAAGACAGCAUGAGAUAAUUCUGAAGGCUGCCCAGGAGCUCAAAAUGCUUAGAGAGCAAAAGGAACAGCUACAGAAGUUGAAAGAGUUUAAACCUGACAUUUCCACACAGGACUCUCCGAGAUCACAGAACACAAGCACAAGGCCAGGUGCCUUUCAGGAACGCUGGGAUGAGGAUUCUUUCCAUGGACUCUGGGACACAAAUGAGGAUAAAGGAGCAAAUAUGGAGUACGAGUUGUGUAAACAGGAGUCAAUGAUGCCUCCAACUGUCUCCUCGCCUGUGAAAGUACCUGCCGUUCACACCUCUGUUCCGUCAGCUGUACCAGUGUCCCUUCCUCCAGUUAUUCCUCCGGUUCCUAAAGCACCUGUAAUUCAGCAAACUGUGGAUUAUGGCCACGGGCGAGAUAUAACUACCAGUAAAGUGGAACAGAUUCCAUAUGGGGAGAGAGUAACCCUGCGUCCAGAACCUCUACCAGAGAGGCAAACAUUUCAAAAAGAGCACCCUGGUCGUUACAACCGAGAAAGAGAUCGUGAGCCUUAUUUUGAGCGUCAGGGUAAUUCCAACACAGAUCAUCGGGAUUUCAAGAGAGAGCGGGAAUUGCACAGAGACCGUGGUUCUGUGGACUAUGAACGAGAGAGAUUUGAAAAAGAGCGGCAUCCCCGAGAUGAUAGGGUUCUUCCUACUACACCUUCAAGGACUCAGUCUUACCGUGACAAGAAGGACCAUCCCUCUUCCAGGCGGGGUGGUUUUGAGAGACCACCAUAUGAACGAAAGACAGAUCGCCCAGCAUAUGAUCAUGGGCCUUCCAUGUUUGGAGAAAAUUCUUCUGUCCAAACACUGGAAUUUGAAGGUGAUCGUAGAAAUUACCCUGAGGAAAGGAUUCCUAUUUCUGCUCCGUCAAUGCCCCGUCAGCCACCACCUGCUCCACGAGUGGAAAGGAAACCAGAAUCUAAAAAUGUAGAUGAUAUUUUGAAGCCACCAGGACGGGAUAGCAGGCCAGAGAGGAUUGUAAUCAUAAUGAGAGGGUUGCCCGGCAGUGGAAAGACACAUGUAGCAAAACUCAUCAGGGAUAAGGAAGUAGAGUGUGGAGGACCUGCACCAAGAGUGCUCAGCCUGGAUGACUAUUUUAUCACUGAAGUGGAAAAAGAAGAGAGAGACCCAGAUACAGGGAAAAAAGUGAAAAAGAAGGUGAUGGAGUAUGAAUAUGAAGCUGAUAUGGAAGAGACCUAUCGUACCAGCAUGUUUAAAACUUUCAAAAAGACCUUGGAUGAUGGCUUCUUCCCCUUCAUUAUCCUUGAUGCUAUCAAUGAUAGAGUGCGACAUUUUGAACAGUUUUGGAGUGCUGCAAAAACCAAGGGUUUUGAGGUGUACUUAGCUGAAAUGAGUGCAGAUAACCAAACAUGUUCCAAGAGGAAUAUUCAUGGACGCAAGCUAAAGGAAAUCAGCAGGAUGUCUGAUCACUGGGAGGCAGCACCACGUCAUAUGAUGCGCCUGGACAUUCGUUCUCUAUUGCAGGAUGCUGCUAUCGAAGAGGUGGAGAUGGAGGAUUUUGAUGCAAAUAUUGAAGACCAGAAAGAAGAAGUCAAGAAGGAUACAGCAGAGGAGGAGGAAAGUGAACUGGGUUACAUUCCGAAAAGCAAAUGGGAGAUGGACACUUCUGAGGCAAAGCUAGACAAGCUGGAUGGUUUGCGGACUGGCACUAAAAGGAAACGUGACUGGGAAGCAAUUGCCAGCAGAAUGGAAGAUUAUCUACAGCUUCCAGAUGACUAUGAUACACGUGCUUCUGAACCGGGAAAGAAAAGGGUGCGGUGGGCGGAUCUAGAAGAAAAAAAAGAUGCAGACAGGAAAAGGGCCAUUGGUUUUGUUGUUGGACAAACAGAUUGGGAGAAGAUAACAGAUGAAAGUGGUCAUCUUGCUGAGAGAGCCCUCAACCGCACCAAGUAUAUAUGAAAAAGUGGUUAAAUGGAAUUUUGUGCCUUUAAGGCCAUUUGCUCUGAGGAGAAGUGAACCAAGGUGUCAUGAGCAUCUUGCAUGGGUCAUGUCACUCCCACCUUCACAGUUUUUCUUUGUUACUUUAGUUUCAGCAGUUUUCUUGAGAUAUUGGCAGAUAACCAGUGCCCUCAGAAAAACCAGCGAAUCCCGCUGCUCCUAAGUGAGAGAGACAGUUUACUUUUUAAUAUUUUUGGAGGGGAGGGAGGGGGAGGGCCAGUAGUUUUAGCUGCUGUUUGUGGGAUAAAGUGGAAGGAUUAGACAGACGUUAUCUCCACUGUACUGUCACAGAAUGUUUAUCACUUUUGCUUUGUGGCCGUUCUCGUUUUAUACUGUAUGUACCUUGUAGCUUAUUGUAUUAGGAAGCAGAACAAUAAAUUUCACUAUAAACUCAG